CAACCUCCUUUCGAGCUUCCUUUAUCUACAAUGGAAACGACCUUCAAAGUACUAUUCAUUAUUGCUAUCGCUUCAAAUUUUGUUGGAAACGUAUCGGUCAUCUUCGUGAUUUUAUUACACAGGAGAAUGCAGACUCCAAUGAACUGUUUGUUGGCCAACUUAGCCCUGGCUGACUCAAUGGUCGGUCUUUUCUUGAUCCCAAGAACACUUCUUAAUGAUUUAUAUACGCAUCCCGGUGGUUGGGUGGGAGAUUUGUUAUGUAAGAUGUUGACGCAUGCAUGUUUCACAUAUCUGGCUGCUGUGGCUUCAAUGCUAACACUGAUGUUUAUUGCAUGGGAAAGAUACUACGCCGUGAUUUAUCCCCACAGCUCAAAGGGCAGAAUAAAUGCAAAGAAACUCCGUCUUUUAAUCGCUUUGAGUUGGAUUAUUGCGUGUGGUUAUGCUUCCAUUGAGUUCUGGAUCAUUAAGUUUGACGAAAAUAAGAACUCGUGCAUUUACGACUGGUCAGAAACGUUGUGGAAGAUUGAUGUGUUCGUCUGGUGUAUCGUCCUGAGCUUGGUACCACUUGUAAUCCAGGUGGGAUUGUAUGUAAGAGUGGUGCAUCGCCUAUGGGGAAAAAAAGCUCAAGUCAAUGAAAUCUCUCAGCGCUCACUGAUGAUACAGAGGAAAAAACUGACGAAAACUAUCAUUCUCAUAUCUUUUAUUAACAUCAUUUGUAGGCUUCCAAUUGAUUUCCACUACUUUUUGUCUACGUUUGCUGGCGAGACCUUCACUACAGCAGAAUGGUGGGUACCUAUUUCUUUCUCGGUCAGCCAUUUAAUGCUCGUUCUUAACUCUGCUGUUAAUCCAGUCAUAUAUGCUGCUCAGGAUCGUGAAUUCAGACAACACACAGUGCGCUUAUUAAUGAACAGAUGUGGCCGAGGUAGAAGGGUGAUGGACACCACGAGUGCUCUAGAGUUUACGAAACCGUCAUCCCGUUAACUAACGUGUUUGGACAGGAAGAUGAGAUUUUCAAAUAUGUUCAUUCAAAUUUAAAGGAAGAGUGUUUUAAUUGAAGGGUGAUAGACACAGCAAGCGCUUUGGAAUCAGCGCAACCAUCUGCCCCGUAACUGACGUGUUUAAACAGGAAGAUGAAAUUGUAAAAUAGGAUCUAAAAAAUUUCUCUACGGUAAUGUAGGAUGCUAGUAGCAUAUCUCACCUAAUGACCUGAGUGACCCGAAAAUUCAUUCCUCUGAUUAUUUUUGCCGCGAAUUCAUAGUUCCAAGAACCUCAUACCCAUCAAUGCCCCAUAUUCACCAGAUCCCAAAAGAGGUCACCAACCGAGGGCUUGGCUAGCUAUUGGUGUACAUCAUUUUAAAAGUGAAGUGCUUUAAUUGAACAGAAAAGUCACGUUGUCUUCUUUCAUUUAUUUGGCCUUUUCCAUAUAGAUGCACAUAUUUUUUAUUUGUUACCGGAACUUAGAUAAACUUCAUACGAUCAUCUUUCUCUUCAGAGUCUGGAAAUAAAUAGAGAACUAAUA